GGGGCCGAGCCGGGCCGAGGCGGUGGCUGCGGAGGAGACGGCAGCAGAAAAUGGCGGACCGGUUCUCCCGCUUCAACGAGGACAGGGACUUCCAGGGUAAUCAUUUUGAUCAAUAUGAAGAAGGACACUUGGAGAUUGAACAGGCAUCUCUAGACAAGCCAAUAGAAUCGGAUAAUAUUGGACACCGCUUACUCCAGAAACAUGGGUGGAAGCUGGGCCAGGGAUUGGGAAAAUCACUUCAGGGUAGAACAGAUCCCAUCCCUAUCGUCGUCAAGUAUGAUGUCAUGGGCAUGGGCCGGAUGGAAAUGGAGCUUGAUUAUGCCGAAGAUGCCACUGAACGGAGGCGUGUACUGGAGGUGGAGAAAGAAGACACUGAAGAGCUGAGGCAGAAGUACAAGGAUUAUGUGGACAAAGAAAAGGCAAUUGCCAAGGCCCUGGAAGACCUCCGAGCAAACUUUUACUGUGAACUCUGUGACAAGCAGUAUCAAAAACAUCAAGAGUUUGACAACCACAUAAACUCUUAUGACCAUGCUCACAAACAGAGGUUGAAAGAUCUCAAGCAAAGGGAGUUUGCUCGCAAUGUCUCUUCAAGAUCACGUAAAGAUGAGAAGAAGCAAGAGAGAGCCCUCCGGCGUCUACACGAACUGGCUGAGCAGAGAAAGCAACUUGAAUGCGCUCCUGGAAGCGGGCCCAUGUUCAAAACGACCACUGUGGCUGUAGAUGAAGAAGGUGGUGAUGAUGAUAAUGAUUCAGCAGCUAACAGCAGUUCUUCCAUCCAAACAACUUCUAGCCAGGCUACAGAAAUAACCAUGGACAGGGGAGUCAUUCUGAACACUGGACAAGUCAGCAGCACUGUUCUGUCAGGCAGCCAGAUGCCAAUCCAGGCAACACAGGCAAUCAGUUUUGGCAUUAAGAAUAAUUUGGGAACUCCACUGCAGAAGAUAGGAGUGUCAUUCUCCUUUGCCAAGAAGGCUCCAGUAAAGCUUGAGUCUAUAGCGUCUGUUUUCAAGGACCAUGUGGAGGAAUCAAGUCCUGCAGAUGGAACAAAAACUGAGGAGAGAGCCUCCUCCGAUCAAGGGACUUUGCAGAAGACCGGUGAGGCCGAGACCACAAAUAGUCCUGACAACAGAGUUGAAGAUGAUGACCAGCACGAAAAAGACAAUGGAUCUCUUGCCACUACAUUAUCUAAGUUAAAAAAGAUGAGAAGAGAAGAUGGACCAGUGCCACUAGAGCCAGAAUAUUAUCAUUAUAUUCCCCCAGCCCAUUGUAAAGUAAAACCAAACUUUCAGUUCCUGCUUUUCAUGAAGUCCACAGAGCAAAUGGAAGCAGAAAAUGCAAGCAAAAAACCGGUGCAUGAAAGUAAAAAGAGUAAUUCUCCAAAACCCAAAGCUGGCAAGCACAUAGAAAAGGCAGCCGAGUGCACUGUGCAGCAGAAGGAGCCAAGUACAACUGAACUUACAGAUCACAGAAGCAAAACAGAAGCAAAAGAAAUUCCAGAAAAUGCAAGUGUACAAGAAAGCAAGCUGUCUACAGAAAGCAAUUCCCCAGAUCAAGACACUACUAAAGAAGCCACUCAGCCUGUCCCUGGUUGUAAAGAAGUCAUCGAGGGACCGAAGCAUCCAAUGGGACCCUUUUUCCCAGUUUUGAGUAAAGAUGAAAGCACUACUUUGCAGUGGCCAUCAGAACUUCUGAUAUUCACCAGGGCAGAGCCAUCUGUUUCAUACAGUUGUAAUCCCUUGUAUUUUGAUUUUAAGCUGUCACGUAACAAAGAUGCUAAAGCGAAAGGAGCAGAAAAACCUAAAGACACAUUAGGUCUUUCUAAGGAAAAUAUACAGUCCACAGAAUUUAGUGACACAAGCAAAAGCAAGGAAAGAGGAAGCACAGCUAACAGUUCUGCUGCAAAACCAGAAAAUAAACUUGUCUCUGUCUGUGGUACCCAGAGCAAGCAGGAGUCCAGCUUGGCAAGCGUUAGCAAAGUGGAAGAAACAGAUGACAGUAGUAAAACUCUAACCAGUAAAAAAGACAAGGCUGGGAAAUCCCACAAACAUAAAAAGAAAAAGAAGCACAAAAAGUCCAGCAAGCACAAACGUAAACACAAGGAAGAAGCUGAAGAGAGAAGCCGAAAAACUGACACGAGGGAGGAGAAACCCAAGAAACGGAAAAAACACAAACACAAAAAAAGCAAAUCGUCUCUUCCUACUGAAUCUGAGCGGGUGCUGAAACCUGACGUGCCCGAGGAGGGGAGCCAUCUGCAGAAAAAAAAACACUGCUUUCAGGACCCUCAGCGGAAGGCACUCUCUGCGGAAGAGGGGACUAGUGGCAAAAAAGAGGACAGUGGUAACUCUUCCCAAGAGCACAGCAGCAAAAAACACAAGACUGACCUGCAGCUAUCAUCUUCUGCCUCAAAGAAGCGGUGUUCUGCUCCUUCUUUUGGCAGGUCCAGCCAUAGGAGCCGGCAGAGUAGUGGGGACUAUGAAAGUGAUGAAGGCUCUCACCGAAAAGACUUCCGACAGAAAUCCGUGUCUCAGUACAGUGAUGACUAUGACUCUGGUAGCGACCACUCCAGAAGCCGUUCCAGAUCAGGGCGAAGACAUUCUUCUCGCAGGUCCUCUCGAAGGUCAUACUCAACGAGUUCUGAUGCCUCUUCAGACCACAGUAGGUAUAGUCGCAGGAGAAGUUAUUCAGAUGAUAGCUAUACUGACUACAGUGACAGAUCAAGGUGUCAUUCAAAGAGGUCUCAUGACUCAGAGGAUUCUGAAUACAACAGCUCAAAACACAGAUCAAAAAGGCACAAGUACUCCUCCUCAGAAGAUGACUACAGUCUAAGUAGAAGCAGGUCUAGAAGUCGAAGCAGGAGCCGAACCCACACUAGGGGAAGGUCAAGAACAAGAAGUCGGGGUAGAACACGGAGCAGCAGUUGCAGCCGUAGUCGAAGCAAGAGGAGAAGUCGAAGCGUAACUGGCCGCAGUUGGAAACGGAGUCGGAGCUACAGCAGAGAUCGCAGCCGGAGCACAAGAAGCCAUUCACAGAGAUCUCUUUCAAGAAAGGGCUCUCGGGAUCAUGAGAGCCCUGAAGACAGGAGAUCUGGGCGAAGAGACUUCAUCAGAUCCAAAAUAUAUCGCUCGCAGUCUCCGCACUAUUUCAGAGCAGGCCGAAGUGAAGGGGCUUUGAAAAAAGAGAGCAGAGGAGAUGAAACAAAGGUAACUGGCUCUCUCCCCCAAAAUAGCUGUAGUUCUGGCUUGGGGAAAGCUCCUGAAAGUGAUUGUGGUCCAGAAGAAAAGAACUCGGUCACAGCAAAACUGCUGCUAGAAAAGGUUCAGUCCAGGAAGGUUGAAAAGAAGCCCAGUGCUAAUGAUGAAAUGCUAGCAGGGACAAACAAGGUUGGGAUAAAACUUAAAGAUCCUCCACAGGGGUACUUUGGCCCUAAGCUUCCCCCCUCAUUAGGCAACAAACCAGUUCUCCCUUUAAUUGGGAAGCUCCCUACGAUCCGAAAACCAAAUGCCAAGAGGUAUGAAGAGUCGGGAGUAGAGAGGGGUGAGGAACAGGAGCUGUCAGAGGCUGAGGAAGUUCCCCAGGGUAGCGUGGAGAGUCAGUUGGCAGUCCAGCCUCUGCUGGAGGAGGAGGUGGUGAUGCUGCUGCAGGACAAACCGCUGGAAGAACAGAAACCUGCUGAACCUGCUGUGGAAACGCCACCAGUUCCUCUUGAACCGCAGGCACUUCCCGAAUGCUACAGUUCUGGAGAACUAAUUAUGCCACACAGCUAUCUCUCUGAUCCCAAUGAUGGUGAUGCAUUAGAACCCGUGGAGAGUGGUAACCCGCCUGUCCCUGUAGAAACCAGCAUGAUGCCUUUAGUUCCAGAUGUUGAACACUUUCCUGGUUACGUGACUCAGAGUGGGGAGCCAAGCAUUGACGGAGAGCCAGAAGGAGCAGAAGAUUCCUCCCUGGCACCACUUGAGAGCCAACCAAUCACUUUCACACCUGAAGAAAUGGAGAAGUACAGUAAGCUUCAGCAAGCAGCUCAGCAGCACAUUCAGCAACAGCUUCUAGCAAAGCAGGUCAAAACCUUUCCUGCUUCAGCAGCGCUGGCCCCAGCAGCACCUGCUCUGCAACCUAUCCACAUUCAGCAGCCAGCAGCUGCAUCUGCAACAUCCAUCACCACUGUGCAGCAUGCCAUUCUGCAGCACCAUGCCGCUGCGGCUGCUGCAGCUAUCGGAAUUCACCCACACCCUCACCCCCAGCCUCUUGCUCAGGUUCAUCAUAUACCCCAGCCACAUUUGACACCCAUUUCAUUGUCCCAUUUAACCCAUUCUAUUAUUCCAGGGCACCCUGCUACAUUUCUAGCCAGCCAUCCCAUACAUAUCAUUCCUGCGUCUGCUCUCCAUCCAGGUCCCUUUACCUUUCAUCCUGUUCACCAUGCUGCUCUUUAUCCAACACUUCUUGCCCCUCGACCUGCUGCUGCUGCAGCUGCUACAGCUUUACAUCUUCACCCUUUGCUGCACCCCAUUUUCUCAGGUCAGGACUUACAGCACCCUCCCAGUCAUGGCACAUGA